AUGGGGGAAAGAGAUGGUGACUGUGCUGACAGUGGUGGUGAUGGCAGUGGCGGUGACUAUAGCAGCGGUGACUGGGAGCACGACGACGAGAGAGAGCAGGAAAUGAGCAGCUGCGGCAGAGGGAGAGUGAGCAGGGAGGAAGCAAAGAGGCUGGAGCAGGUGUGGUUAUUCAUCCGCCACCAUCCCCCCCCUCUCCCUCUCAUGCCUCGCCUGCUCUCCUGGCGCGUUCCACCGCACCACCGCCCUCCCACAUCUCCCGCCCAUCCUACCGCUCGCACCAUGGCUGUGCAAGCAAGCCAUGAGAGAGAUUGCAGCAGCAGCAGCAGCAGUAGCACCAACGACACUGGUGGUGCAGUGUGGGACCGGCGACUCGUGAUGCUGCUGGUGCGGCGACUAAAGGAAAGGCACCGGAACCAGCAUGCUCUCGAGCUGCUCCAAUGGCACAUGGCCCGCCUCUCCCCACACUGCGCGCAACACAGUCCACGUCAGCAUGAACGGGAGAGCCAAUCAGGGGGCGCGGACGUGGAGCGGGAGGUCUCGGAGUGGGAGGCGUGUGAGCUGAUAGACGGGCUGGCUCGGUGCAGCAGAUGGAGAGACGCCAGAGAUGCGUUCCUCGCCCUGCCAUGCUACGCCCGCUCUGACAAGGCGUACAGUGGAGUGCUGUACCAGCUGGCGCGCAUGGGCCAGCACAGCAGGCUGCAGGAGGAGCUGCAGUGGGUGCACGACACAGCAGGGGCGCCGCUGGGCGUGUGCUCCUUCAACGCGCGCCUGGUCGCCCUCUCCACCCUGCCGUCGCGUCUGGCUUCUGCUGCUGCAGUGAUGCAGAGGAUGGAUGACGUCAUGGACGAGAUGAAGGCGAAGGUGAGACGAGUGGUUGGUGGGGGAUGUGAUUCGCUCACCUUCUCCCACACCCGUUUCCCUGUCCCCGUGCGUCUGCAGGGCGUCGCCCCAUCUCUCUUCACCUUCCACAUUCUCCUGCGCCACUGCCUGCACCACCCCCCUCACACACCCACGUCCGCGCCCCACCGCCUUGACGCCCUCCUACACGCCAUGCACCACCACCACCGCCUGCUGCCCUCCGCCCAAACCCACUCCAUCCUCCUCCGCCUCUUCCUUCACACCGGGCAGCUGCCCCGGGCAGAAAAAUAUUUCCAUGCCAUGCUGGAGGAUGGUUUAGCACCAUCCCCUGCUGCGUGUGCUGCCCUGUGGAUGGCCAUGGGACGGGCGGGGAAGGGGGGCCGUGGAGGGGAGGUGGAAGAAAUGUGGAGGAGGGUGGGCGGGAUGGGGGUGAAAGUGACUCGACCCAUGCAUGUGGCGCGCAUAGCAGCGCAUGUGGCGGCUGGUGACAUACCCAUGGCUGAAGAGGCUUUUUCCUCUCUGUGUGCCUGCAUUCGUCGCCUUGACCGGGAUGCCUGUAACGCGCUUCUCAAGGGGUACACGCGGGCAAACAUGCCAGACGCUGCGCUGAGAUUGGUCGAUGACAUGCGCAGGGCGAACAUUCCAUGCGGCACGGCCAUGCUCUCCCUCCUCCUCUCCUGCCUCUCUCGCUCCCAACGCCUCUCCCAUGCCACCGCCCUCCUCUCUCAACUGGCCACUGCUCCUGAGACCCCUGUAACUGUUGAUUCCUCUGUCACCACCAACCCACCAAACACUCCUCAUCAUGCAUCCCUGCCUGGGUCCGUGCAGCAUCACAACUCUACUCCUGCCUCUCCUCAUCACGCCCUUCCCUCCCACCACCCUUCUCGCCACCACGGCUCACAGCCCCCCACGCCCCCGGUAACCAUCAAGCGGCGUGCGCUGCGCGGGCUGAUGGAGGCACUCAAAGCAGAAGGGCACGUGGAGGGCGUGAGGCAGGCGAUUCAUGCAGGCGAGGCCAUGUGGGGCCGCUGUGAAGUGGCCUGGUACAAGAUGCUCAUAGGGGCCAUGCUGCGACGCGCUGAGCACUCUGCAACCUCCCUCAUCCCCCUUCCCCCAUCUGCAGCUAACUGCCUUGACUUCUCUGCAUCCCCUUCUCUUCUCUGCAUCCCCUUCUCUUCUCUGCCUCCCCCCUUUCUCCUCUUCCCCCCUUCUCUUCUUCCCCCCUUCUCUUCUUUACCCCUUCUCUUCUUUCACCCUUCUCUUCUUUCCCCCUUCUCUUCUUUCCCCAUUCUCUUCUUUCCCCCUCCUCUGCUGAUCCACCCUUUCUCUGCUGCUUCAACCCUUCUCUGCUGCUUCACCCCUUCUCUGAUCAUUAGAAGCUUCCAUUUGCAGCAGCCCUUAGCACCUUCCUUAGCAGCUUCCUUGGAAGCCCUUAUCAGCUUCCUUAGCAACUUCCUUCCCCCCUCAGCAGCAAACUGCCUUGACUUCUCUGCAUCCCCUUCUCUUCUCUGCAUCCCCUUCUCUUCUUUCCCCCCCUCUCCACUUCCCCCCUUUCUCUUCUUCCCCCUUUCUCCUCUUCCCCCCUCCUCUCCUUUUCCCCCCUUUCACUUCUUUCCCCCUUUCACUUCUUUCCCCCUUCACUUCUUUCCCCCUUCUCUUCUUUCCCCAUUCUCUGCUGCUUCACCCCUUUCUGAUCCUUAA